GUUGACUGGUCAGUCAGAGAGAUAUGGCUUUGUUGAGUUCAGUGCCCACAUGGCUGCUGAGAAAGUGGCACAAUGAUGCCAAACGCGGAACAACCAUUUCGCUUAAAUUGGGCUUCGUUUAGCACUGGUGAUAAGAGAACACCCCCAGAACCUAGUUCCGACCUAUCCAUUUUUGUUGGAGAUCUGGCCGCUGAUGUCACUGACACACUACUGCACGAAAUCUUUGCCACCAGAUAUUCUCCUGUUAAAAGUGCAAAGGUAGUUGUUGAUUCAAACACAGGGCGCUCAAAAGGAUACCGGUUUGUAAGAUUUGGGGAUGAAAAUGAAAGGUCACGUGCCAUGACUGAAAUGAAUGGUGAGUACUGUUCAAGCAGGCCCAUGCGGUUAGGCGUUGCAACUCCUAAGAAACCUUCAAAUCCUUCAAUGCAACACCAGCAUUCUUCCCAAGGUGGCGGGUUUGCUUCAAACGGAGCUCAAACCCACGGCUCCCAGUUUGACAGUGAUUCUUCCAACACAACGAUAUUUGUGGGCGGACUUGAUUCUGAAAUCACUGAUGAAGAAGAACUAAGGCAGUCCUUCACUCAGUUUGGCGAUGUGGUAUCUGUUAAAAUACCAACUGGAAAAGGGUGUGGUUUUGUACAAUUUGCUAUUAGGAGCGCGGCCGAGGAUGCAUUGGAGAAAUUAAAUGGUUCAUUUAUUGGGAAGCAGACGGUUCGUCUUUCAUGGGGUCGCACUCCAUUAAACAAGCAGUGUAGAUGGGGGUGUGUUGAAGUUGAAGAAGAUGGACAGGCUGAAGUGCUGCGCGACAUGGACGGGUUGGAAUGGGCCACACGGGAUUCAGAUUCCACUAAACGACCUCUAUUUCCCAUGCUAAACCCCACUAACAAUGGUAAAUGCACUGCUGCUGAUUCUUUUAAGCAUGGUGGUCCAAAUUUUGCCCUUCGUAACUGCUGCAAUUUUUUUCCCUUUUUUGUGGCGAUGCAAUGGAAAACAGAGCCCAGACUUUCGCAAGAGGAGCUAUGGGACAGGAUUUUAAGGGACGAAUACAUGAAAUAUGCUGUUCAAGAGUGUUAUUAUACCCUCAAGUUAGUCCUCACAUCUGUGUUGGAUACUGAGGGUAAGAAGUGGGUUGAGAGAGUAUAUGACGAGAUUCAGAGAAGCAUAGCUAAUAGGAGCAUACUUGUUGAUAUUGAAUUGAAUAAGCAACCACUAAGGAUUCAGAAAGUUACUGCACUGUUGGGAAUACUGGCCUGUUCUUUGGAGAAGGCCAUUGAUGCUUGUGCAUUGAAGCUUAUUGCAUUCCAACGCUUAGAUUUCACUUGUGAUGACGUUCUAGAUUACCUCAAGAAGGACAACAUUGUUGGUAAAGGAGGUGCGGGUAUAAUCUACAACGGACUUAUGCCUAAUGGUGAACAAGUUGCUAUGAACAGGUUUCCAGCCAUGAGCCGUGGAUCUUCACAUGAUCCAGAUGAAAUAUUUGGAGCUAUUUCAAUGUCCACUCAAGCCAACAAAAGAAAGCAUUAUGAACAAAGAGUGUUGCUAAUGAGACGGCUCAAAUUAGCAUUGGGAAGCAAUGAUAAUCACUUUGAGGAGGCUUUGAAGGUCCGAAAUCUUCUUGAAGACUUUUACUGUGACCAUGGAGUUCGCCCCCCUGCUAUUCUUGAUGUUAGGGAGCAUGUGUUUACUGGAAGCAAGCACCUCGAGACAUGGAAUGAUUUGUUAAAAGCUAGGAAUGAAGGUAGGUUAUUUCAGAAGUUGAGGUGGCCGAGAGAUGCUGAUUUGAGGGCUCAAGUUAGAAGGCAUUAUUCACUUCUCACCAUCAAGGACUCUGCUCACAAUAUCCCAAGGAAUCUUGAAGCCAGACGUCGGCUGGAAUUCUUCCCGAACUCCCUUUUCAUGGAGAUGCCAGUAGCAAAACCUGUUCGUGAGAUGCUGUCCUUUAAGUAAUGAUCUUCUAUUUCUUUGGCUUGAUUCUAGACCAUUUACUAAAUUUUGACUAUAUUUUUAUGUGCUUGCACUCCUUGCAGUGUGUUCACACCAUAUUACUCUGAGACUGUCCUGUACAGCAUGUCUGAACUCCUUAAAAGAAAUGAAGACGGGAUCUUUACUUUGUUUUACCUACAAAAGAUAUAUCCAGGUUGGUUCAUUAUUGUGAGUAUUUUGUAGUGUCAAUGGUUCAUGAGAAAGAAAUUAAUGUUGAAUGCAGAUGAGUGGAGAAACUUCCUUACUCGGAUUGGCCGUGAUGAAAACACAUCAGAAUCAGAUCUUAGUAAUAAUGCCAAUGAUAUUCUUGAAUUGCGCUUUUGGGAUUCAUAGAGAGGGCAAACAUUGGCUAGGACUGGUACGCGUU